AUGAAAAAACUGUUUCCUUUUUUGCUAUUCAUAAUUAUAAAUUCACUUAUUUUUUACUGUGGCAGUACGGAUGAUAAUACAAACAGUUCGAAUGAAGAAUCAGCCAAUGGUUCUGCAAAUAAUUAUAAUUAUACUAAUAAUGAGAGUUCUUCAAAAAAUGUAGGUAAUAAUAAUGAUAUGGACAAUUAUAAUGAUGAUGGUAAUGCUGAAAGAUACGAUACUGAAGAUAAUAGUAGUACUUAUUAUAAAGAUGAUAUAGAUGAAGAUACUGAUGAAAAUAAUUUUGAAAUUCCAUUGAAUUGUAAUGAUGGAGAUUGUUUAAAUUCCAUAGAUGAUAUAAAUAAAAUAAUUGAUGAUGAAAAAAGGAAAAUACAAAAUCGAAAAAAGAGGGGUAAAGCUAUACAGAUUAUAAAACCAAAUGUAAAUCAUACGGAAUUAAUAAUUAUUGAAGAGAAUUUAGAAAUUUUAAAAAAAGUUGAAAAACCAAUAGCCAUAGUUUCUGUUUUAGGAGAUAUGCACACAGGCAAAUCUUUUUUACUUAAUUUAUUAAACGAACAUGUAAUUAAUGAUAUUAGUAAAAGUGAUAAAAAUAUUGAAAAUGGAUUUAAGGUAGGUAAUGACAUAACAGCUAGUACAUAUGGUAUAUGGAUAUGGUCAGAGCCUAUUAAAGUAACAGUAAAUAAAUUAAAAAACAUGUAUGAAUAUAUAGAUAAAAAUUUUACAAAUUUUGUUAAAAAUUAUGAAUAUGAAAAAGAUGAAUAUAAUGAGGAGAUUAUAGAUUUGUUAAAUUUAUAUAAGACAGAUGACUGGAUUACCAAAAUUGAUGAAUUACAUUUAUCCGAUUCUGAAGAAGUGAAUCUCAUAUUAAUGGACACACAAGGUUUAAAUAGUCCCAAUGUUAAUAAAAGAUAUGAUGAAAUAUUAUAUGCUCUAACUAAUUUAAUUUCAACAGAUAUUAUUUUCUUAACAAUGAAAAUGAUAAAUAAUAAGGACUUAGAAUUUAUUGAAAAUAUUACAAAGGAUGCUAACUUAUUUAUGUUAAGAGCAUAUACACGAUCUAAUGGUUCAACCUUUUCUAUAAAAAAAAAUAAUUUUGAUAAAAUUUUAGAUAAUAUGGAUAACAUAGAGAAUAAUUCUUUAAUACUAGAAAGUAUCGCUUCCAAAAAUUUAAUGUGGGUUGUUCAUGAUUUCAGUCAACGAUUGGAUGUAAGGAAGGGAAAAUUAUGGCUAGACAUUUUACUAAAUUCGGAUAGAAGAGAUUUAGAUAUUAAAUAUUGGAAAAAAAUUAUUUCAAAUAAAAGUAAAGAAAAAUAUGAUGCAUAUACUACAAAACAAAAAAAAAUUGCAUAUCUAACCUACUCGGAUAGUAGUAACAGCAGCAGUGGUAGUAGUAGUAGUAAUACCAGCCUAGCAAAUGAAACCUCUACUAAUUACAAGCUGAACGUCCUUUAUAAAAACAUCGAUUGUGUUUUGUUAAGAAAUAUGUACAAUAACAAAGAGCUGGAUUUUACCAAUGCCAAUAUGAGCGAUUUGAAUGAUGAAUAUAAGAAUGACGUGAUGCUACUAAGAUAUAAAAUAUAUUUAAGAGCAAUGUUAUAUCCGAAGAAGAUAUAUUCGAAUGUUCAGAUGAAUUAUAUAAUGAGUAGAAUUAAAAAAGAACAGCAGAUGCGCAAUCAAAAAGAAAAUAACAGAACAGCGAAUAGGGAAAAUGAUAACAGUAUGAAUAAUGAAGCAGAUGAUACUAGUGGUAGUAGUAGUAGUAAUAGUAAUGGAAGUAGUAACAAUGAUUAUUAUAACCCCGAGGAAAGUAGCAACAAAUAUAUGUCUGGGCAAGAUGUAUAUGACUUCAUUACCUUUUUAGUUAAGUCAGCUAACCAAAAUUUAUUUACCAAUGUGAACCAGUUUUUUAAACAUUUUAAAAUUAACCGAGCAGAAAUAAGUAGAAACGAUUUAAUAUUUUUAUAUAAAAAGUAUUUGCUACAAUUUAUGGAAAACGAAGAUGUUGAAUUUAUUAGUUACCUAAAUGAGGAUAGUGAUUAUUUAUCUGCGAAAUUAGGAGGUAAAUUGAAUAAUAAUAAACAGAGCAAAAUGGAAAAUGACGAAUUAUUUAAUGAAGAUUUUAUGGAGGAAGAGAUAAUUAUUCAGGAAAAGACUGAUAUAUAUAAAAUGCCUCCAUUACUUAAUGAGAUAAGAAAAUAUGAAGAAUUAAUUCGAGAACAGAUUUUAAAUAUUUGGUAUAAGUACACAGAAAGUGAUUUUCAUGAUGAUGAGGAAAAAGAAUUAAUAAAAGAUAUUGAAACAAAUUUAUAUGAAAGAUUAGAUCAAAUAAAAAAUGAAAUGAUUCAAUUAGGUGAAACUAAUAUUCGCAAAUUUUGUAAAAUUGCAUGUGAAGAUGCACUACAAAUAGUUGUUGAAGAUAUAAAAAUGAAAAGUGAUCAAUACCCUAUUAAACAAAAAGAUCUUAUGACUUUUUUUGAGUCUGUUAGUUAUAAUUUACUUAAAUAUUUAGAAAAAAAACUUUCUAAAAAUUCAGAUAAACUAGAUCUUAUAUAUUAUAAAGACGAAAUAUGUAGUCCUUUAAUUAAUAAUACUUUUCAAGAAUUUUAUUAUUUAAAAAAAAAAAACAUCACAUUGAAUGAAAGUAAAUUAAAGUAUCAUUUUUCCAAUGCUGUAACGAAGGGAAAAGAAGUAUUUGAAAUGUUAGCAGAAAGUACUGAAAACAUAACAGAAUAUUUUAAAAAUAAAAAUCUAUUUUAUGCUACUUUGGAUAAAUGGAAUGCAGAAGCAGUUAAUGCAUAUAUGACUACAUUAAGUGAUUUUUCAAAAGAAGAAAAAGAAAUAAGUGAAGAAUAUUUACAUAUUCUAGAUAAUGAUAUAAAAGGGUUAAAACAGAAAGCCAUGGAAAAGUGGCAUAACCAUUGUAAGGAUAAAACAAAUGCUUUAUACAAUAUGCAUAAGAGUAAUCUAAAAAAAAAUUUCUUAGAAAAUUUCAAUUUCCCAUUAGAUGAAUUAAUACUUCAAGAUAUAUAUUUAAGUUUAAAAGGUCAAGAAGAGUUAAAGUACAUGGAUAUUUAUUGCGCGAAUGAAGAAUCUUGGAACAGUGAGUAUAAAAAAUUUUUAGAAUUAACUGAUACAAUAUAUAAAUUCAUAAAAGAUGAGAAUCUUAAGGCUAUUCAAAUAACAUGCCAACAACCAUUAGAUGAUUUAAAAAAUGGAAUACAAAAUGAGAUACAUAAUUAUUUUUUAUGGAGGUCAUUGAAAAAUACAUUAUAUAAUAAAGCACUUAUCGUACUUUCAAAUAAUAUUGAAAAUAUUUAUUUAAAAAAUCAAAGAGAAAAUAAGAUACAACCAACAUUGGAAGAAAAAUAUAGCACACAAAAAAAUACACAUUAUAGAAAAAUAUCAAAAGAAUUAAUGAGUAAAGUUAUAAAUAGAUGGUUAAACAAUGAUAUAUAUAAUAUAUAUUAUCCCAUUAUAAGAAAACAAUUAAUUCAUAAAAUUAUUUGUUAUUUAGGUAUGCUAAUAUUACUAUUUGUAACAUCAUUAGUGAUAUAUUUCAAAAAGUUUCAUAUAAGCUUUCUUUUCUUAAUAAUAAUUUCUUUGUUUAUGGUAUUUGGAUAUGCUCAGAUAUCUUUAUAUUUUAAAAAAUUCUUUAGACAUGUUGUAUUUUACAUGUACGAAGGAAUAGCCAAUGUUUUUGGAACAGAAGGAGCAAUUAUUUUUUCCAUUUUAUUAAUUUCAGUAACGGCUAUAUAUGUGUACAAUUAUCAUAUUGUGAAAUUUAAAAAUAAGGUCGCAAAAAAUACUAAGAAGUUAUUGCAGUCACAAAAUUUAAUGAACAUGUCAGGUAUUAAUGGUUAUAAAGAUGUGAACCCUAAUCCUAAAAUGAGAAUAUUCAAACCAAACAUAAUGAAAUUUUCUGAUUAUGAAAAAGACCCAAAAUAUCAUUCAACUAAUAUUCCUCACGAUUAUAAAUUGCAUAACGACGCCUCGCAUUUUAUUGAUAUGAAAAAUAGGACAAAUCGUUCCAACAAACUAGAUGAUUAUACUUCUUACAAUAACCCCAGUAAGUUUCAAAGAAGGUCCUACUUAGAUUAG